AGCAAAGGAGAAAAAGCUACGUGGCAGUAGUCAUAGCCGUUAAUCUGCAUGCAGAUGUCCAAACACCUUUGGAUUUCAUCUCUUCAAGUUGAUAUGAUGUAGAGAGAGAAAGAGUGAGCGAGUCUGUGUGUAAGUGUGUGUAAUAAUAAAUGGAAUAGAAGCGAUGAUCGAAAGGUUCUUUCUGUUCUGAGGGUAAGACAGACUUAAAUUGGUGGUUACAAAGAGAAAGCAGAAUGCUUUUAGAAGCCACGGUAAUGGCGGCGUGGCAGAACUGUAAUUCUGCGUCGACACUGCCACAGAAUUGAUUUAUAUACACUCCUAUGCCCACAAUUCAAGAAAUCAAAACAGUACCCGGAGAAAUUAAGGCGUGCCUUAUUAUGCUUGGGGUCAUUUUCAUCUCUGUUUGGCGGUUAUGUUAUGGAUUGUCAGUCUCAAAUUGAAGUCUAGAAAAGGAUUAGAAUUGGCGUCAACAUGGCUGGCUUUUUCUCACUAGGCGGAGGUGGUGGUGGUGGUGGUGGCGGGGGCGGAUCCAAUAGAAGCAAUCAAGAACGAGAAAGCAGUAGCAACCACAACAACCCACCGUCAGAAAUCAACCCAGAAAGCUGGUUUUUGUUCAGAAAUGAAGACAUACCAUAUAAAAGUUUCCAACUUUGGCAGAACCAUCCAAAUCAGCAAGAAAAUCAACAUUUCCUCCAUCGCCAUCCCAACGAGAACUCGCUUCAAGAUCUCUAUGCAUCGGCCGGAGGAUUAGCCGUUGGAGUUGGGCCGAGUCGCACCGGCUUCGAAAUCUCGAACGAUUCUCCGAGGUCGGGAUUUCCUAUGAUGAGGAGCGGCGGCGGAGGUGGUGUUGGUGGAAUUAGCUGCCAGGAUUGUGGGAAUCAAGCUAAGAAAGAUUGUUCUUAUAUGAGAUGUAGAACUUGCUGUAAGAGCCGAGGGUUUCAGUGCCAAACUCAUGUUAAGAGCACUUGGGUUCCUGCUGCCAAAAGAAGAGAGAGACAUCAACAGCUUUCUGCUUUGCAAGAACAAAGAGAUACUGCAAAAAGACAAAGAGACAAUCCAAAUGCUUCUUCCUCUCUUGUUUGCACUAGAAUAAACACUAAUGAAUCAGGGUUACAACUUGGGAAUUUCCCUUCGGAAGUGAAUUCAGAGGCGGUUUUUCGCUGCGUUAGAGUAAGCGCCAUUGACGAUGCUGAGGAUCAGUAUGCAUAUCAGACGGCAGUGAACAUUAGUGGACAUGUAUUUAAGGGAAUUCUAUACGAUCAAGGCCUUGAAAGCCAGUACAUCGCCGGAGACAACUCAUCUGGUGGUGGAAGUGUCAGUGCAGGAGUUCAACAACUUAAUUUAAUAACUGGAACGGCCAACUCUGCCGCCACAACCUCCGCCGCUGGUGGCGGUGGCGGUGGUUCUUCGCCUUUUCUUGAUCCUUCUUUAUACCCAGCUCCGCUCAACACUUUCAUAGCUGGUACGCAAUUCUUCCCACCUCCAAGAUCCUGAACAACAACCUUAAUUACUUUCUGUUCGAGAAGCAAUAUUUGACACCGAUGAGGUAGAUAUUAAGAAAAAUAGUGCUUAAAUAUAGGAGAAAGAGAGUUGGUAAUUAACAUCUCAUUAUGCUUGAUUUGUACUUCAAAUUUCGAUGGGCAACGUUGAACUAUUCUUCUUCCCUUUGAAAUGCAUAAAGUUUGAUUCCACCAUAAAAAAUGCGCGUGCUGUUUUUAUGGCAAAUUUUAAAA